AUGUCAUCGGGCAAGAAGAGAAAGCUCGAGGUCGGCCAGGGCACUCCAAUGCUGAGUGCCGCUGCCCUCAAGAAGAGGCUUCUAGAGAGGCAGACAGGAUCUUCAGCAGCUUCUACUUCCUCUGAGGGCGAUGGAAAAACCCUUCAGGAAAGCGACCAAGCAUCUGGUGGAGGAAUUGGGGCAGAGGACAAGGCCUCAGGUGCAUUUGAAAGGCUGCUGCUAGAAGGUGCCGAGAUACCUGCUGGAGGGGACGGUUUACAGACUCCGGAGCCAGCUGAGGAGCCUCCCAAACGCAAGGUGGUCCAACUGUCAUCCUUCAAGCCGACCAAGAGCAAUUUUCAAUUAAAAGCCAAUGGUACUGCCCUCUUGACUUUCACAAAUGGAGAGCGUCUGGUAAUUCUGGGCAGCUAUGGCAUCAAGGUCAAGAGUGGCGAGGCAGCUAUUGCCGGGGCCAAUCUAUUUCCCUCACAGACAAUACACUGGGUUCAUGCACCUCAUUGUCAUGCCCUGCCUGUUUUGAGAUGUGCAGAGCAGUCUGUGAUUGAGCUUCACAACCACCCAGGUGCCACCGAGCUCAGAUCUCUGGAGAAGCUAUCACCCCUCUUCGGAGUGCUGUGGAAUGAAGCCAGCCAAAGAGAGAAUGCCACAAGAAAGACCUAUCAGAUUUUAUCCAGCUCUGCAGAUGGUCCCAAGAAGGCCAUAAUCCACGAACUCAAAUCGCCGGCUGAGUGGAACAAAAAAGUUGCGCAUUUGCUCAAAGAAAAGCUGCAAAAGCCUCCACUUGUCUUAGUGUGUGGUCCCAAAUCGUCGGGCAAAUCCACCUUCUCGCGGCUCCUGGUCAACAAAUUGUUGACCGACAGGGGAAGCAACAAGGAGCGAGCCUGGUCCGGUGUUGAUGUUCUAGAUAUUGAUCCUGGACAGCCCGAGUUCUCACCACCAGGCGUUAUCUCUCUUGUUCAGCUCGAGGAGCCAAAUUUAUCACCUCCUUUCGGCCAUCCAUCUCUUGAUAUCAGAUCUAUACCCAGGUCACAUGCUUUAGCAUCUGUCACCCCGGCAUCUGAUAUAGAGCACUACCAGGACUGUGUUGCAGACCUUUAUGAUAUCUAUCAGUCAUCUCACAAGGCCUAUCCCCUAGUGGUCAACACUCCUGGUUGGAUACAAGGUACUGGCCUAGGUCUGCUCGUGGAUCUCAUAUCCAAAAUUCACCCGACUGAGGUCAUUUACAUGUCUGAAGAUGGCCCGGAAGACACCGUCGAAGGCUUGAACGGAACUGGUGGUGGGAUCCUCGGGGUGGUGUGCUAUGGUUAUCAGCCAGAACCAGAGCUUCUCGCUGAUUCCAUUGAUGGCACCAUCCUGGCAAUUGUCGAGAUCGAAAACCGCAGAGCAUUCUCCACCACCGCACAGGCCGAUAAUGCGGUGGUAUUAGACCGAACAGGAGAGCCAAAUACUACUCAAACCGGAGACUUCGAAACCUUUAUACGACGGACGCCAGAGCAGAUUCCCUACAUUCGCCACGGAAUAACCCUUCGCCCCAAAUUCUCCCGCUGCUUAGGCCUGGCCCUCGUGCGCGGUAUCGAUAUUCAGCGUUCCCUCUUGGCUCUGGUGUCGCCGCCGUCGCCAAGUGACCUGGGAGGGAAGGAGAUCGUUCUGGUGUCGGGCAAGUUUGAUGCUCCGACGUGGGCAUAUACCGAAGACCACUAUAAUCGUGCUUCUCAGAAUGGUGACGAAGGUAUAGAAGAUGAGGUCGACCAGGGCCGAGAUGGGCCCAAGGAAGAGAUCCCUUGGGUCGAGAGCCUGCAUGGAGCCUUGAUCAUGGACCAUCAAGCGCUUGCGGAUAUCGCAAAUCGGGCGAUCCUUUACGUGCUGAACUUUCAUCUCACAAUGGUUGAGAACCGUCCUGAGUUGACUGAUCUCGACCAGCCGACCAAAGACAGUAUUAGUGACGGAAUUCACUGGCUUCUCCCCCUGGAGGUUCUCGCUGCAGACAAACGGGCGGUCCACCUCGAGAUAAUCUGUGAUGUGGCCGUAGAUGUGGCCGAGAAGUACGGUAUCAAUAAGUCUUGGUUCUACGGUUCGGUCCAGGUGAUUGCCAGCAAUAAGCUGUUGCCCAGCCUUCAUGCCAAUUUCGAGGACCCAGUUCGUCUCCAUCGCGGCCUAUUGGGCGACGAGAGCGAGGCUGAGGGUGAGGCUGAGAGUGAGGGCGAUGACGAAGAGGAGGAUGAGGCCCCUCAGCCGCCCACCUUGGCCACAAACGAAAACAUCGACAUUCAUCCCAUGGAGGGCUCACAUGAACACUGGGAUGACAAUGAGACACUCCUACUUAUCGAUCUCAAGGUCGCCGGCGCAUCUUCCCUGGUUGUGUCGGAGGUAAUCCACCGCUCCGUCGCUUCGAUCAACAACAAGUGGCAGACAGUGAGCAACGAGCUCAACUGGAGCGAUUACAUUCAGAAGAAGAGGACUGCGAAGACGAACUACAACGAGUCGAAGGGCCAGAUGAUGGGACCCUGGACUGAACCCGAGAUACGGGAAAUGAUCGGCCUCAAGGUGGCUGGAGUUUCGGCGCCCAUCAUAUCGCGCGUGAUGCACCGUUCUGCCGGAUCUAUCAAUGAUAAGUGGUCCAGAAUGUGGUACAAAGCCUCUGGAGAGUAUGAUCUUAUGUGGAAGGAUAUCAUUCAACAGAAGUUCAACGAGAAGCGGGAUAAUAAGGAUGUGCCCUCGCACGCACGAACCGCCAAAACCUUCACUACCCCUCCUGCUCCUAUUGCCACUGACACCCCCCAUAGCAGGGCCAUGCCUUGGACCGAGCCUCAGAUACGCGAUUUGAUCGAUCUCAAAACUGAUGGUGUCGAUUGGGCGGACAUAGCAAAGCAGAUGAAUCGCUCUUGGGGCUCGGUUGCCGGCACGUAUCACAAUCUAAAGAGCAAGCCCCGUUCCAAACAUAAUUCCAAGUGGAAGGAUUACAUCCAAGAGCGGUUGAGAGCGAAGGAGGCCGAGAAGGAACACGAUCAGCAGGCGAAUGCCGAUGUAGAGCGGCAGGCGAAGGGUCUCCAGGGCGGAAAGAGAAGCAAGUCGGCAAUGACCGUUGGACCUGGCUCUGCUCACAAAAAGCGGCAGCGCAUUGAACAGUGGAUCGAGGCCACCGAAGGCACCGAGGCUGCAGAGACCGGAAGGUUUUGA